AUGAAUGGAUUUAAAGUUGAUAUUGUUUCAAAACACAUCAUCAAGCCAUCCACUCUAACCCCUGAAAGCAAAAGGAUCUUGAAACUAUCUCUUUUAGACCAAAUGACUCCUCAAAUCUAUGGCACUGGCAUUUUCUUCUUCUCACCCGACGCCAAAAGAAAUCCCUCCGACAUGUUCAGGUCCCUACGAGACUCACUAUCUCAAGUUCUCCCCAAGUUCUAUCCAAUGGCCGGUCAAGUGAAAGACCCUUCCACCAUCGAAUGCAACGACGAAGGGGCUUACUUCAUCGAAGCCCAUGUCAACUGCAAGAUGGAAGACAUGCUCAAGAAACCCGACAUGCUAUUACUUAAUAAGCUCCACUCCACAGACAAGGACAGCGUAGAGUCAUGCUCAAACGCGGUCAUAAUCUUCCAAUUCAAUAUAUUUGAUUGUGGCGGCGUGGCGAUCACUACAAGCAUUUCUCACAAGCUCGGCGACAUCAACAUGUUGUUGGCCUUACUAAAGGCGUGGACUACAACUUCAAGAGGAGAUGGUGGUGGUAAUGAGGAAGUUAUGCCCGAGUUCAUCGGUGGGUCCCUAUUACCCCACAAAGAGGAGCUGAUGAUACCGGACCUAGGUGUUUUUAUGGAACCGUCGAAGUCUCAAAGAUUUGUGUUUCAAGGCGACAAAAUCGCCGCCUUGAAGGCAAAGAUAGAGGCUGAUGGUGGCGGUGAACAAGCAUCAUCCAAAGUGGAGGUAGUUUUAGCGAUCAUAUUGAAAAAUGCAGUUGAGGCCUCGAGAGAAGUAGUAGUAGUAUUGUCCGACGAUGUUCAUGAUGAUGAGCCCGAUACACCGGCCAUAUUCUUCCAGACAGUGAACAUCAGAAGCAUGAUGAAACCUCCUCUAUCAAAAUACUCAGUCGGAAACCUCUUGUGGCAAUACCCGGUUUUCAUCGAAGAAAAGGAGAUAAAACUGCACGAAAUCGUGGCGGGGAUGAGGAAAGAAAUGAAGGAGAUGCGUGAAGUGAAGGCGGCUAAGCUUAAAGGAGAAGAAGGGUUUAUGGAAGUAAUGAAGACUUUGGGAGAAUGGGCAUUUCAUUUCAUAACAAACAAGGAUAUUUUUAGGUGCACAAGCUGGUGUAGGAGUGGAUUGUAUGAAGUUGAUUUUGGGUGGGGGAAGCCAAUAUGGGUAUGUGGAGUUACACCACAAAUGAGGAACAUUAUUGUGUUGAUAGAUACAAAGGAUGGUAAUGGAGUGGAGGCUUGGAUCAGUUUGGAUGAAAAAGAGAUGGCCAUUUUUGAGAAGAAAGAAGAGCUUUUUGAGUUUGCUCAACUCAAUCCUAAUGUCCAAAUGUGA